AUGUUAAAAGAAAUAAAUAUUAAAGCAUUUGGUUCAUGCUCUUCUAUAAGCAAGAUUAUUUUCCCAUACAUGCUAGAAUACAUUGGAGCUUCUGCGUUUGACUCUUGUGCCUAUUUAACUCAGAUAACAUUUUCUAAUUCAUUAAAAGCCAUUAAUGAAUCUGCUUUUGAUGGCUGUAAAAAUUUAAUAAAAAUUGAUUUACCAGAUUCAUUAGAAAUUAUAGGAGAAAUGGCAUUUAAAAGUUGCAGUUCUCUUCAAGAAUUGAAUUUACCAGAAAAUCUUCGAUUUAUUGGGGUAAAUGCAUUUUAUGGAACAAAUUUAAGAAAAAUCACAAUUUGCAUGAAAUCUGAAGUUAAAAUUGGCGAAAAAGUGUUUGGUCCUCUUAAUCAAUUGGAAGAAUUAGUCUUUUAUUCAAAUAAUUAUGAGAUCCUAAAGUUUAUACAAAGUUCCCCUAUUCAUAAAAUUACAUUUGACUCCAUAUUAAUAUCUAAUAUUCCAGUACUCAAUUCUUCACAGUAUUUAGAAAAUCUUAUCAUUAAAGAUCAUGGAAUUCCAGUUUCCUUUAUCAAUCAUUUUGUUGUUAGUCAUAAUAUAUCUAUUUAUGUUUAUGGAAACAUUCGUUCUAUUGAAUCUGAUUCAUUUGUUGAUGCAGGAAUCAAAGAAUUUGUUUAUUGUGGCAAUGACACUGUUUCUGGUGAUUUCCUCACUCGCGCUUUAUCAUGUAAUUCUGUCCAGUGUUCUAAAAAUUACAAGAAAAAUACAUUUGGAGGAAAGCGCAUUACUUACAACACAGAUAUUUGCAAAGAUUAUAGUCCUAAUACCGGAAUGAGUAAAACCACUAAAAUUAUAUUGAGUGUCAUUAUCCCAAUUGGUGCUAUUUCAAUAAUUGUCGGAAUAAUUUGGGCUCUUAAAUUACGCAAAGAACACAAUGCCAUUAACUCUAAACUAUUAAUACAAAGGCUCGUUGUUGAAGAUUUUGGAUAA